UAGUCCAGCAGGCGGAGGUAUUUACAUUCCGAGACUGAAAUCAACAACAAGAAGAUCAGUGAAGAAGCCAACGCGUGGGGUUUACCGAAUGAACAGUGCUCAAUGGCGGGGCUCGAGUUGCUGUCGGAUCAGGGGUACCGACUCGAUGGACGGAAAGCGUCCGAGCUGCGCAAGGUUCAGGCCCGCACGAGCGUGUUCGCGCAGGCGGACGGAUCCGCGUAUCUGGAGCAGGGCAACACUAAAGCACUGGCCGUGGUGUAUGGACCGCAUGAGACGCGAGGCUCUCGCAGUAAAUCUCUGCACGAUCGUGCAGUCAUUAACUGUCAGUACAGCAUGGCCACGUUCAGCACGGCGGAGAGGAAGAGACGUCCGCACGGAGACCGCAAGUCCAGCGAGAUGAGCCUUCAUCUCAAACAGACUUUUGAGGCUGCGGUGCUCACCGAGCUCUACCCACGAUCACAAAUCGACAUCUACGUUAAGAUUCUGCAGGCAGACGGUGGGAACUACAGUGCUUGUGUGAAUGCUGCUACUCUGGCUCUGGUGGACGCUGGCAUUCCCAUGCGUGACUAUGUGUGCGCCUGCACUGCCGGCUUUGUGGAGGACACGCCGCUGGCCGAUCUGUGUCACGCAGAGGAGAGCGGAGGAGGAACGUCACUGGCGCUGGCCCUGCUGCCCCGCAGCGGAAACAUCGCCCUGCUGCAGAUGGACGCCCGGCUCCACCAGGACCACUUGGAUGCUUUAAUAGAGGCAGCCAUGACGGCGUGUAAAGGUCUCAGCAAAGUCCUGGAUGGCGUUGUGCGUCAGCAUCUAGAAGAGGUUUCAGUUCUGAUCAGAGAUUGAGGAGAGCAGCUUUGAUGGUAAAACAUCCUGUUAACUCCCUGAAACGGACUGUGUUAUCAUUUGUAGAAUGAAGCCUACAUUUGGCUGAAGUGACAGAUUUGAACAACAACAAAAAAAUAUUGAUGAAACGCCAUGUAUAAUUUCGACAAAAAAUUGUUUUGUAACAAUAAAGAUCUCCAUUUUGAAAGAGUUUUCAUGAAAA